AUGGCGUCCCGUCAGGGCCGAUACCAAAACCGUGAGCGCAAGAAGCGUCAAAUUGUGUUUUCUCCAUCUUCCAAACAGGAGAGGGAUCAAAAGGGACGCCGUAUCUUCUCUCCUCGUUCGCUUCUUUCUCCUGGCAAGAAAAAGAGCGGCGAAACCAAUGACGAGGCGUCGCAGCCCAGAAAUCUCUUUGGCAGAAAAACCAGGGCUUCGGCAAGGGCAUUGGCAGCAGAAGUUCCGUCGACACCAGAACCAGCACCCUCACCAGCAGCAUUCUUUCGCAGAAGAAUGACAAGGGCGGGCAAAGCUGCAGAAGUUCCGUCGACACCGGAACCAAUCAUUGGCAGAAGAACGACAAGAGCAUCGGCUGCAGCUCCGCCGUCGACACCAGAACCAGCACCAGCACCAGCACCAAUCAUUAGCAGAAGAACGACAAGAGCAGCUGCAGCUGCACCAGCACCAGCGCCAAAACCAGCCAACAAACCGAAUCUGGUGGAAAAGUGCAAAGCAAACGGAUUGAAGCUAGAACACUCGUGGGCACUUUGUGCGCUGAAGUGCGGCCCAGACCAAAAGGCAACGAGUCAUUGGAAGAAAGGACCUUGCGAAUGCCACGAUCCUCCGAUUCAGUGCAAACGAUGCUGUUCAGUGUGUAAGGUGACCUCUAGAAAAGGCUUCAUGAAAUUGGAGAUCAAUACGUCGGCGGCGCCUCUUGUGUCGCCACCAAGUCCGAGGAUGUCCAAGACGAGAGCGCAAGAGAAAAUUGACCAAACAAACCAAGAGCUGGAGCAGGAUUUUGGUUUUGAUUGCGUCGAUGAGACAACGUAUCAACCGCCUGAAACCCUCCGAGAUGUCGCUCGUUACCUUGGCAUUCCAGGAGAGUUGAACAUGCCGAGCACAAGACAUUGGGAUUCAGCCGAACAGGCGCAAGAGUUCUUUGUUGGAGACCCUCGCGCCUCGCUUCGCUUGGUGAAUUCAAUGGCGGUGACUUGUUCCAAAGUGAUUGACUUUGGACUCAGUAAGAGUGCAAAGUCAGCUUCAUUGAACGCUUCCAUGCAGCGACAAGUUGGACUGGCUCUUAUCAGGAGAUCCCGACAGACGAUGGCAUCGGCAAAAGCAGCGACUGCUGCUUCGAGCAACGCCUUGGUAGCGGCAAUGAAUGGAAGCGACUCGGAUGACGAUAGCAGCGAUUCGUUUGCCCCGUCGAGUGAAUCUGAUGACAGCUUUGGUCAGUUCGGCGAAACUUCACUCGCAGAUCCUUUGAUCGGCUUUGACCCAGACUUUGCCAUCGAAGAAAGAGACAAGUUGGUGGCCUCCCUGCUGAAAAUCUGUAAUGCGCAUUCAAAUCGAAAGCGGCACGCCGAAUACAGGACGGCCCGAGCCGUGUUGGUCGACGGCACGAAAGCCAAGCAUUUGAAUUCCAUUCGGCAGCAGAACGGUCACAAGCAGUUCGGAAGAGAGUCAAGGAAGAGAGCAACGCAAGAUUUCGAGCUUGCUGGUGGUGGCAAGGCACUUAUUCCGCCUCCCAUCACAAGGAAACGGGUCAGCGACCUGACUCUCACUCACGCUCUGAUGGUGAUGCUGAGCACCGACAAUGUUGGCCUAUGGUCGUGGGGUACGAAGACUGUCAAUGUCUCGUCUCGAAACGGUCAACUGAAAGACCGAUUUGAAUUGCCGAAGGUCUUCACGAGAAGAUCAAAACAAGAUAUCUAUUAUCAUUACAAGGCAACCUUUGAGGGCGAUGACGUGGACCGACCAAAUUGGAAACCAAUCGGUCGUACAUUGUUUAUGGAAAUCCUAAGCCUCGUUGUGUCUGGCGACAGUGGGAUGCUGACGGCCGUUGACUACGUGACGAGCAUGCUGCUACACGACACUUGCAAUUUGCUGCUUCGAAUCAUUGGAGAUAUGCUUGCAAGCGAUCAAGGCAUCGUCGAGAAGUUUACAACUUGGCUAGAAGUGACGAGGAACUUCCUCAAAGUUCAAUACAUUGAGCACGCAAGGAUGGAUGAGGAUAAUGAAUGCUGCUCGCACGGCCUGCAGCACGCACUUGGCCAACCGGAUAAUUACGCGACAAUGUACUAUUCCGAUAUCGAAGAGAACUCCGAUGCUGGUUUCAAGUUGGAUGGCGUGGACGAAACAACAGCCGACGACGAGACUCCUCCCUCCAUCUCAUGCAACGCCUGCAAAUUUCCUUUCUUUUUCCUUCACAAUCUCGAAGAAGCUGUCAAAGAGCACCAUCAAAGUCGACUUGAUCGGAUUGACAGCACUCGAUCAGACCACGACGAGAGACUUGAGGAUGUCUUGGCUGCCAUCAAUGAUGCCGGAGAAAAGUUUUAUCUUUUCAUGGCGCACAAGAAUCGUGUUGCCCAACAGCAAGACUCACAAGCACAAAUAGAUGAAGAGAUGCAGCAAGAAGUGCGCACCAGUAAGAGUGACGGCACCAAAGUUAUGGUUGUGAUUGACUGGAAGAUGAAAUUCGAGCCAAAGGGUAGACUGGAGUCAACAGCCGAGCACUAUGGAAAACGCGGCAUUUCGUGGCAUGGGGCUUUCGCCUACUUCUAUCGAUACCAGAUCGAUCAAUCUACCGGAGAGGAAUACGUCGAGCGCGUUGUCGUGAAGACCGACCAAAUCUUGGAAGGCGAAUCCAACCAAGGUGCCGAAGCCGUGCUCUCCAUGUUCGAAGCCUUCCUUUGCGGUCUUGAAGAUGAGUUUCCGCACUUGAAAGAACUUGUUGUUUGCUCCGAUAAUGCUAGCUGCUACCAUAAAAAAGAGCUGAUCUUGGGGAUGGCUCUGCUGAACCUUGUCAAGGGUCGCUCCAUCCGAAUCACACGAUACACCCACAGCGAGACGCAGGAUGGGAAGUGUUUGAUCGACGCACACUUCGCACGUGGUACUCGUCAAGUGAUCAAGUAUAUCAAGUGCUCCAGAGCUAUCGAGAACAAGAAAGUCAAAAGCUCCAAAGACCUCUCGAUGGCGCUUGCUUGGAACGGAGGGAUCCAGAACAGCUCUGUUCAGUGGGUUGGUCUGAACCACAAGAAGCUUACCCAACUCGUAGACGCUUUACAUCCGAGUGCGCAGAAGGGCAUGGAAUAUUUUGCAAGAGCCAACGACAUCUUCUUUGAGGAAGAAUCUUUCCGGAAGCCAAAUCUCUGCGCGAGCGACCCAGCGUCUUGGCAGUUUGCCGACUUCAGCCUUCGAGUUUGGGCUUACAGCAACGUUGGUGAGGGUAUUGUCUUUCGUUGCUCCGUUGGUGACGGUACGUUUGCCCCCGUGCCAGAAGAAGAGCAGCACGGCAAGGAAAAUACAGGAGACCGGAAUGAGGACAACGUUCCCGUACCUGACGACGAAUCGGAAGACGAUGACGACGUGCACCCAAUUGUCCAACCCGACGAGGACGAGAACAACAGCGUCAUUUCCGAAGAUUCAGCAGCCGACCUCUAUCUGGACGACGUUGAUCGCUGGAAGAGGCAAUCGUUUGGAAGCGCCAAAGAAUUGCCCAAACCAGUUGGUGACAAGUUCGACCAUACAAAACUCUUGACCGGAGUCAAUAUCAUGGGCAAGACAAGCUUUGGCAUCCUCAAAGCUGGUGCGACCACCACGAUCCAAUCAACCGGAAUGGUAGGAAACGAGGUAGACGACGACGUGACCAGUGACGAGGAAAAUGAAGACGAUGGAACGGAGCCAGCCCAAGCAUCAGACCAGUUACGGUCAAAGUCAAGAGCUGCAAUUCCUCGUGCCUUGGCGAUGGUUGAAUCACUUAUCAGCAGCCAUACUGUCAAGAUCAGCGCUGGAACGGACGGGCAUGUCGAUGAAUACGAUCUUGCGAAAGAUUUCGUCCUCGACGGAAAGAAGACUCCUUUCAAUAGAGGGUAUGGACGACGUCCUCUCGUGGGAGAUGUUUACGGGUGGAACAGGAUGACGCCUCAAUACCAUGCCGAAUGUGUGGAAUUUUGCAGGAAAGGAGCCAUGAACAAAGCAGAUAAGAUGAACGCAAAGCAAAUGUAUGACUUGCUAUUUGAGAGGCACAAAAGCUACAUGAUCCCCUCGGAGCACACCAUCCAGAACAAACUUCAACCCAUGAUAGAGAAGGUAAACAAAGAGGAAGAAGAGAAGAAACAAGACGAAAAGAAAAAAACCAAGGGCAAAACGAAAGCUGCCAAGGCAAAAGAGCAGCAAGAAAAGGAAGAGCCGCCUUCAAAGGAGUACGCAGCUGCCGAGAAAAGGGCGUUGGAUGCUGUGAAACGAAAGAUAAAGCAGCGAGGAUCGAGUCUCAUGAAACCAAUGUACGUUUAUCAGCGGCUCUACAGCAAAGGAGUUUGUUCUCGUUUGACAAAAGACGAACAAAAGAAGCUAUCGGAUAAGGUAAGAGGCAGAUGGAGCGCCCUCAAGAGCUCAAGGAAAAACAGGAGAGACAAGCUUGUGAAGAAAGUAUUAUUGUAG